AGUCCAGGUGGAACAGCUCAGCGCUCACACACACGCCCGCUGCUCCGUACUGCUCUCAAUGAAAGAGUAAGGAUCCGGGCGAAAACUGCGCAGGGAAUUACCUUUUUUUUUUUAACGCCUGGAGGAUUAUUUUACCUUUUCAGGGCUGGGAGACUGCACAAGGACGUCUGAUUAGCUGAACCAGCUCACCACCCAUCAUGAUCAGAGCAUCACUCACUGCCGUCUGCCUCGUGCUCCUCCUGUCCUGUGCUUGCUGGGCCAAGCCCAACGGAUCAAAGAACAAGAAACCAAAGCAAGCUGUUCCAGAAAUAGAGUGCGAUGUCAGAGCGGGAAAGAUCAGCCUCCCAGAGUUCAUAGUCAAAUGUCCUGCACACUGUAAGGAGACGAAGCAGCAAGUCUACGGGACAGGAGUCUUCGCCUCCAUCUCCAGCAUCUGCAAUGCAGCCAUCCACAGCGGCAUCAUCACCAACUCAGGAGGAAAGGUGAUUGUGAGGAAGAUGGCCGGACAGAAUAUCUACAAAGGCAGCAACUCCAACGGGGUGCGCUCUCUGUCUCUACCGAAGUGGAGGGAGUCAUUUGUAGUCUCAGUGGGGAAGCCCAAGAGAGGAGUCAUCUACCCAUCUACCCUGGACUACGUCCCUUCAAGACCAACCUAUGUGAAGACAAGUCAAAAAGAGGCCAAAUCCCCUGCGUACACCACAGCGCUGCCUACGACAACCACACCUGAGCCCACUACAACUACAACACCUGAACCCACCACCACACUGGCUCCCACCACCACUGCCACCACUACACCUCCACCAGCACCCACCACUGCCAAAGCUCGAGCUGCUGUGCACAAAGUCCGAGAUGCAGGCAGCAGUCACCCGUACCUUGCCUCUGUGGCAGCCGCAAGUUCAAGACAGUCACAAAAUGGUCAAGGAAAGAGUCCCAGCCAAGUACUCAGAGGAAGUGCCUAUCCAAAUAGAUUCCCACAGCGUACCAGUGCAGGUCUGCGCAGACCGGAGGCAGGGUCGGCUAUCAGGAGACAGCUAUCCUCUCCAGUCGGCCCAGCUUUUAACAGGGUUCAGCCAGCCCCACCCGAGCGGACCCCGACCAUGAGCCAGUCCAACCCUGCUUUUCCCAGAAGGGAUUGGGCGCCCCCCUCCUUUCCUCGUCCUGAUUGGUUCCCUGGAGCUCGACGACCAGCAGAUAUUAGUUAUGCAGUUCCAGACUCAGGAUACACAUGGAGCGAGACGGACACACCUGAGAUUGCAGCUCGGGAUCACAGGCCUGAUAUCUCAGAGUUUGAGCGCUGGUUUUAUAACUUUGGACCAUACCUCCCCCGAUCCACUGACUCAGAUGUCAACCGUAGGACGCCACUGGAUACAACCCAUACUAGAGUGGAACCAGUGGAUGCCUGGAAGCCAGAAGCACACUUAUAUGAAUCAGGUUUCAGCGUGAGGGAGCAAGAACCCGUCCCUAGAACACCUGAACCUGUGUCACAGGGAGACCCAAAUUGUAAGGUAGACUUGGCCUUCCUGAUGGAUGGGAGCUGGAGCAUCGGGAAGCGGCGUUUUAAGAUCCAGAAGGACUUCCUGGCUGAGGUGGCUCAGACCAUUAACGUGGGUGUGGCUGGACCCAUGAUGGGCAUCAUCCAAUACGGGGAUGACCCUGUGACAGAGGCCAGUCUGAAGACUCACCCCAACUCCAGAGAGCUGAAGUCAGCCAUAGAUAAGAUUGUGCAGAAGGGAGGCCUUUCAAAUGUGGGAAAGGCCCUCUCCUACAUCAAUAAGCAGUACUUCAGUGAUGCCAACGGAAACCGAGGAGGAGCUCCUAAUGUGGCGGUGGUGCUGGUGGACGGCUGGCCUACUGACAAGGUGGAGGAGGCGUCACGGCUCGCUCGGGAGUCUGGCAUCAACAUAUUCUUUGUCACCAUCGAGGGCCCCGAUGACAAUGAGAAACAAAACCUGGUUGAGGCCAACUUCGUUGACAAGGCUGUGUGUCGGACAAACGGCUUCUUCUCCCUGCCUGUGAACAGCUGGUUUGCCCUGAGGAAGACCGUGCAGCCCCUGGUGAAGAGAGUGUGUGACACAGACCGCCUGGUGUGCAGCAAAACCUGCCUGAACGCCAACGACAUCGCCUUCGUCAUCGACGGCUCCAGCAGCGUGGGAACUGGCAACUUCCGCACGGUGCUGCAGUUUGUGGCCAACAUCACGCGGGAGUUUGAGAUCUCUGACACGGACACGCGGGUGGGAGCUGUGCAGUACACCUACGAGCAGAGGCUGGAGUUUGCCUUUGGCCAGUACGACAACAAGGCCGAGCUGCUGAACGCCAUCAAACGCAUCAACUAUUGGAGCGGUGGGACCAGCACUGGCGCCGCCAUCACCUACGCCGCAGAGCAGCUCUUCAGCAAAUCCAAACCCAACAAACGCAAGAUCAUGAUUGUCAUUACAGAUGGCCGCUCCUAUGAUGACGUCCGGGCACCGGCACUGGCUGUCCAUCGCCAAGGUGUGAUCGCCUACUCGAUUGGCAUCGCCUGGGCAGCCCAGGACGAGCUGGAGUACAUCGCCACAGACCCCGACAAGGAGCACUCCUUCUUCGUGGACGAGUUCGACAACCUCUACAAAUUUGUACCCAAGAUCAUCCACAACAUCUGCCAGGAGUUCAAUUCCCAGCCCAGAAACUGAAGCCGGACAGGUGGAGGGGAGGUGUAAAGAGGGACAUCCUGAUAGUGGGCUGUCUUAACAGAGCGCUGAUUGUAAAUUUACUCACUCUGUUGCCCAGAUGGUGGUGCUGGAUUGGCUGCAGCUCCCCGUAUUUGAACAGGAAGGGGUUUUGAAUUUAGGUGAGGAUAGUGGGUUUGGACAAAACAAAUCUUAAGGUGAAUCAGCAUUUGGUCCCCAAAAUAUACAGACGGUGCUAAUAGUAAAGUGUUUGCAUACACAGUGACAUACUGACAUCCCGUGCGGUGCCAGUUGUUCUCUGUUGGUGCCAUAAAGAGAACCAAGUAUUCCUAAUCAUUUAAUUAGAAAUGUUGGCACCACUUUCUAAUUCACCUUUUAUAAUAGGUUUAUAAGUUGUAAAUCAGAGUUUUGAUUUUUUUUAUUUAUUUUUUUUUAUUUCAUCAUGCAAACCUCUAGUGGACUGUUUGCUGCAGAAAAUCUGGACCAAAAUUCAUCUAACAACUUGUCAGUGUUUAUUAACUGCAGAUUUCAUUGGCUGAAUUUGUAACUGGAGGCUGGUAAAAGCAAGUGACAUGCUGGAGGAGCCAAGGGGAUUUUUCACAAUUUGGCAAAUCAGAACUUCAACAAAGUAAAUGAUUUAUUUACAUUAAUAAAGCCCUUAUGUACAACUUAUAGAAAUUUAUAAAGGGUGCAAUAGUAGGAAGGGGUACCAGACUGAUUAACAAACACAAAGCUGCCUUACUGGGAUAUGGUGCUUGCAGAGAAAAGUAGAUUUAAAGCAUGCCUAGCACUUCCUCUUAUGGCUUAACAUACUUCGUAAACUUAAUAAUACGGGGCUUUAUAUACAAUUCUCUGUAAAGAGGAUAUACUUUCUUAGAAAUGGUGCAUUUUGAUCUUCCUAAUAGGAGAGAUUUGUUAGUAGGGACAUUGUUUAAGUUCCCCUCUAUGACAGUGGUGCUGAUAUUGCUGGUAUAUAAGUGGAAGGUGAAAAUGAGGCUCAUGUGCAACCAACAAGUGGACGUGAUGCGUCAAGUCAUCAACACGGAACAAGGAAGUGGACUUGUGUGAGAAGUGAGGACAGACGAGCUGGUAUGUCUUUGUACAGAGUGAUAGCAGAUGUUAAAUAUGCUUCUCAGGAAUGAAAGCAAUUCAUCUCAUCACCCUUGUUUUCUAACAGUGUGGUUGCUUCUAACAUUGCAGGCAUUUCUGUUUUGUUUAAAGAGUAUUUAUGAUUUUCUCCAUUAUGUCCUUUUUGUACAUAUGCAUAUUAAAAGCCUUUCGCUAAUAAUGUUCAGAUAAUUGAUCAAUAUUUUUUUUUGCAAUUUUUAAUAAA